AAAAAAAAGAAGUAGCGAGAACAAAAGCUGUGAUGUAAAGACUUUCCGGUAAAUCUUCCGGGACUUUGAUCGAAGGACGUGACUUAUGGAAUGGAACGUGGUUUAAUAUUCACUUUGCAUGACAAAUCAGUAGUUGGGAGUCCAUUUUUUGUUAAGCCAUGACAUCAAGGCACCAAACCGUGAAGUUUGCAUCAUUAUUUCCUCUUUAGGUUUGGAAGAAAGAAGACAGUUUUCAUCUCUUUCGGAGCUCAAGCCAUCUCAGUCCUGUUGCAGUCCUUCUCCCAGUCAUGGAGGAUGUUCUGCAUCAUGUUCCUGUUUGUCGGAGCUUCCCAGAUUUCCAUCUACAUCUCCGCCUUCGUAUUAGGAACGGAGGUUUUGAGCAAGAAACUUCGUGUGAUGUUCACAACGCUCGGAGCGUUCCUCUUCUACGGCAUCGGCUACAUGAUUCUUCCAUGGAUUGCGUACAGCAUCAGAGAGUGGAGAACCCUCCUCGCCGUUCUGGCUGCCACCUCUGUGGUCUACAUUCCUCUCUGGUGGUUCAUCCCGGAGUCCCCCCGGUGGCUGAUCACUCAGGGAAGAGUGGCGGAGGCCGAAGCCAUUGUCCGAGACGCUGCCCGGAAGAACAAAGUUGAGGCGCCGCUUGUUAUCUUCAGAGGAUCCGAGUCACUGCCGCCGGGCAAGACGUACACCAUGCUUGACGUCCUGAGAUCCAAGAACGUGAGAUGCAUCACGCUGAUGUGUCUUGUUCUGUGGAUGGCCAUCAACGUGGGCUAUUUUGGUUUAUCCCUGAACACUUCCAACCUCAGCGGCGAUCCCUUCAUGAACUGCUUCUUGUCGGCAACCACCGAGGUCCCCGCCUACAUUGUGUCCACGUGGCUCCUCAAGAGAUGUCCCAGAAGGGCUUUACUCUCCACCUUUCUGGCCAUCGGUGGAGGAGUCCUGCUGCUCAUCCAGUUCAUACCGCCGA